GCUCCAUAGAGACAGCGCCGGGGCAAGCGAGAGCCGGACGGGCACUGGGCAACUCUGUGCCUCGUGGAGGAAAAUCAACUAAACAUGGGCAAAGGAGAUCCUAAGAAGCCGAGAGGCAAAAUGUCCUCAUAUGCAUUCUUCGCGCAAACUUGCCGGGAGGAACACAAGAAAAAGCACCCGGAUGCUUCUGUCAACUUCUCAGAGUUCUCGAAGAAGUGCUCAGAAAGGUGGAAGACCAUGUCUGCCAAAGAAAAGGGGAAAUUUGAAGACAUAGCAAAGGCUGACAAGGCUCGUUAUGAAAGAGAAAUGAAAACCUACAUUCCCCCCAAAGGGGAGACCAAAAAGAAGUUCAAGGACCCCAAUGCACCCAAGAGGCCUCCUUCGGCCUUCUUCUUGUUCUGUUCUGAGUAUUGCCCAAAAAUCAAAGGAGAGCACCCCAGCUUGUCCAUCAGGGACGUUGCAAAGAAGCUGGGGGAGAUGUGGAGCAACACCGCUGCGGACGACAAGCAGCCCUACGAGAAGAAGGCUGCCGAGCUGAAGGAGAAGUAUGAGAAGGAUAUUGCUGCCUACAGAGCUAAAGGAAAACCCAAUGCGGCCAAGAAGGGGGUCAAGGCUGAAAAGAGCAAGAAAAAGAAGGAAGAGGAAGAUGAGGAGGAGCAUGAAGAGGAUGAGGAAGAGGAGGAAGAAGAUGAUGAUGAAUAA